CACAGGCAAAUUUCGACCUUUGUUUUUCUCCUCUAGAUAAAGACAAAAAUUCUUCGACUUGUUAUUUUUUUUCCAGCAUUAUGUCUUUUCUACCUUUGGCAUCUACUGCCAAUUCAUCAUCAUCGACACCGUCUUCUUAUUUACAUGUAAAUAGUAAUGGUGGAGUAUCGACUAUGCCAUCAUCUCUGAACUCGAAUACUUCAUCUUUACUCGGUUCGAUCGGGAGUGGAAAACAGUGGACAACGAUCGGACAACAAACUUCAUCACCGUCAACACUAGCACAACAACUGCUAAUGAAACAACCAAACCUCUUGAAUCUGCAACAAUCCACUAUCUCGCAUUUCGAUGGUCUACUUGGAUCUUCUCCUCAAACUCAAUUAGAAAAAAAUGUAAGAAGCAAAUCUUGUUUUCUAAU